AUGAUGCAGCAGGCAGCGGAAACGGCCACUGGCGUCGGUAAAGUGCGAAAAAGAAGAAGAGUAAAGCGAAUGAAGCUGAAAAAGAAUAAAAUGGAAAAUGAGGGUGAGGAGGAGCGCAUUUGCAAGCGACUGAGUGCCCGAUUCAAUGCGGCAAAACGAGCAGCACGCGACGACUGCUUACCUCAUCUGGAUACCACUUCUGGUAUGCUUGGUCUUGACAUUGCAUCGUUCCAUGUUUUGCGUAGAAAUGCCGCAUAA